AUCUAGCAACAAAUAUGAAACAGAACACUGUCCUUGUUUUAAAUUAAGUGUUCUGUUUGAAUAAUGUCAAAUAUGUUUUUAGGUUAUUAACUCCCGAAACCGCAGUAUGCAUUGUUUUCGGAUGUUUGUUUAAAAAUAAAGACUCUUCUUGAUGUGGUUGGUUACCAUAGUGACUGUCAACUGCGCAGGCUGUUCGACAAGAUUAAAGUCCGGCUGUGGAGAGAAAGUCCGGUAAAAGAAAGCGAUACCGUUGCCUAUGUACUGCAGUGGACUCCCGGUUCUGUGUGACUACUCUGCAAAGCAAGUGCUGCAAUGGAGCCCCUGUCCCCCUUGGAUCUGCUGCGGGUCUCCACUGUCUUGGAGGACUGUGUGGAUCAGCUCUCCAUCCUGGGAUACAUCAUGCCAGUCUCCUACGAGGGCCGGCCGGAUUCUGAAUCGUUUGUUGGUGAUGACAUUGGGAGGAUCUUGAAGCACCAGAAGAAGCUGCAGUGGAAGUUCAAGGAGCUGAUGUCCUCCAAGUCGCAGUCUUUGGUCAGGAAGCCCCAUCUGGAGGGUGAGCAGCAAGGGGACACGGCGGGGGAUCUGAAGAGAUCAAACCUGAUGUUCAGCAGGGCGCUGGAGCAGGACCCGCUGUCUGCAGAGAGCCUGCUCAAAGUGCAGGUUGACAGACAGUUUGCGGCUGGAGUGAUCAUGGAGACUCUGAGUGAGCUGCAGGAAUUCGGAACCUUCCAGAAACUGCUGUUGGCAGUGGAGGUGGAGAAAGACAAGAAGGCAAACCUUUAUAACAUCAUUGUGAGUGAGGAGGAGGGGCGCAGGAGGAUGAAGGCUCUGCAGAGACAGCUUCAGGAUAUCCGUAAAGAGAAAGAGCUUGAGCUGCAGCGUCGCAAUGAGAUGAUCGCUCACCUGAAGGACCAGCUGCAGGAAAUGAAGGCGAAGACAGGGCUGGAGGAGAAGUACAUGAAAAAGAGCUGCGAACUACAGGUGACCCAGGGACAGAAGAUAUGUGGGGAGCACGAGCACAAGCACCUGGAUGACAUACAGCGAUUAAAAGAUAAACUGGAUGAAGAGACCCGGAGCCACUUGGAAAUUGAAAACUUUCUGAAACACCAUCAGACUGAGCUGGAGGAGAAGCUGGAGUUCUGGAUGGAAAAGUACGACAAAGACAUCGAUGCCAAGCAGCAUGAGCUCACCAUGCUCAAGACAGCCAAGGCCAACGACCUGGCUCGCCUGCAAGAGCUUGCCAAGCAGUACAGGGAGUGUGAACAGGUAGUGAUGGAGGACCGCGUGGAGAAGGAGAAUGAGAGGAAACGUAGGGGCCAGGAGGAGCUGGAGUACAAGUCCUGCACCAAGAUCCAGGCCUGGUGGAGAGGCAUCAUGGUGCGCAAGUGCCUGGGCCCCUACAAGACUGGCAAGAAAGGGAAGAAAGGGAAGAAGGGCAAGGGCAAGGGCGGAGGCAAGAAGAAGAAAAAGUGACAGUUCUGUUUAUUUUUUUGUCUAGAAUUUUAAAAAGAAAAUGUAUACAACAUAUUUAAUGUUUAAGCCUGGAGACAG